UGGAUUGACGGCACCUGCAGACAAUCAACAUGACAUAUUUUUAAAAGUGUGCAAUAAAUAACCAAUAGGGUAAGCUAUGGGCGGGGCAUGUGCGCACCACGGACCAUGUGGUUUCACUGUGAUGCAGGAUUGCGAUAGAAGGAUUUGACCUGAGAAAGACCUUGCACUUCAUUUCCAAGAUGGACUCCACACUGACAGCUGCUCAGAUACGACAGAAAUUUAUUGACUUCUUCAAGAAGCAUGAGCACCAGUACGUGCAUUCCUCCUCCACAGUCCCUCUUGACGACCCCACGCUGCUGUUUGCCAAUGCUGGCAUGAACCAGUAUAAGCCAAUCUUCCUCAACACCAUUGAUCCAACCCACCCCAUGGCAAAGUUGCGAAGAGCUGCUAAUACCCAGAAGUGUAUCCGUGCCGGGGGAAAGCACAACGACCUGGACGAUGUGGGCAAGGACGUCUACCACCACACCUUCUUUGAGAUGCUGGGCUCCUGGUCCUUCGGGGACUAUUUCAAGCACCUGGCCUGUGAGCUGGCCCUGGACCUCCUAACCAAGGAGUUUGGGAUCCCGAUCGAGAGACUGUAUGUCACAUACUUCGGAGGCCAUGAGGAGGCAGGGCUGGAGCCAGACUUGGAAUGCAAACAGAUCUGGCUGGACUUGGGUGUGGAUGAUAGCCGAAUCCUGCCUGGCAGUAUGAAGGAUAAUUUCUGGGAGAUGGGGGACACGGGCCCCUGCGGCCCCUGCAGUGAGAUGCACUUCGACCGGAUUGGCGGCAGGGACGCAGCGCCCCUCGUCAAUCAGGAUGAUCCUAAUGUGUUGGAGAUCUGGAAUCUGGUGUUCAUCCAGUUCAACAGGGAGUCGGACGGGCUCUUGAAGCCACUGCCCAAGAAGAGCAUUGACACAGGAAUGGGUCUGGAGAGGCUGGUCUCCGUCCUGCAGAACAAGAUGUCCAACUAUGACACUGACCUGUUUGUGCCGUACUUUGAAGCUAUUCAGAAGGGUACUGGCGCCCGGCCGUACAGUGGGAAGGUUGGUGCGGAGGAUACAGAUGGGAUGGACAUGGCGUACCGCGUGCUGGCUGACCAUGCCCGCACCAUCACCAUUGCGCUGGCUGAUGGGGGCCGCCCUGACAACACGGGCCGGGGGUACGUGCUCCGCAGGAUCCUGCGGCGGGCGGUGCGAUAUUCCCAUGAGAAGCUCAACGCCUCCAGGGGCUUCUUUGCUUCCCUCGUUGACGUGGUGGUGGAUUCCUUGGGAGAUGCAUUCCCUGAGCUGAGGAAGGAUCCAGAUAUGGUAAAGGACAUUAUAAAUGAGGAAGAGCUGCAGUUCCUGAAGACACUCAACAGAGGGCGCCGUAUCCUAGACAGGAAGAUCCUGAGCCUCGGUGACGUCAAAACCAUCCCAGGGGACACUGCCUGGCUGCUCUACGACACCUACGGCUUCCCUCUGGACCUCACCGCCCUGAUUGCGGAGGAGAGAGGCAUGGCUGUGGACCUGGAGGGCUUUGAGGAGGAGAAGAGAGCUGCGCAGCUGAAGUCUCAAGGGAAGGGUGCUGGAGACGAGGAUCACAUCAUGCUGGAUAUCUACGCCAUUGAAGAGCUGCGCACAAAGGGACUGCCUCCCACAGACGAUUCCCCCAAAUACAAGUACCAGGCAGACGGCUCCGGCAACUACGAGUACGAGCUGGUAGUAGGCACAGUGUUGGCCUUGCGCAGGGACAAGGCGUUCGUGGAAGAGGUGACCACUGGGCAGCAGUGUGGUGUGCUGCUCGACCGGACCAGCUUCUAUGCAGAGCAGGGUGGGCAGACCUUCGAUGAGGGCUACAUGGUGAGAGUAGACGACGCCUCGGAUGAUAAGAUGGAGUUCACAGUGAAGAACACGCAGGUGCGAGGAGGCUAUGUCCUGCACAUCGGGACUGUGUAUGGGACCCUGAGAGUGGGGGAGUGUGUGCAGCUGCAUGUAGACGAGGCCCGGCGGCGCCCCAUCAUGAGCAAUCACACUUCCACCCACAUCUUGAACUUUGCCCUGCGCUCAGUGCUGGGAGAGGCGGAUCAGAGGGGCUCACUAGUGGCCCCUGACAGGCUGCGCUUCGACUUCACUGCCAAGGGGGCCAUGUCCACAAAGGAGAUUCGUGCGGCCGAAAAGAUUGUCAGCACUGUGAUCCAGGAGGCCAAGCCAGUCUAUGCCAUGGAGGCUCCCCUAGCAGCAGCGAAGGCGAUCCAGGGGUUGAGAGCUGUGUUUGACGAGACCUACCCUGACCCCGUCCGCGUCGUCUCCAUUGGCAUCCCCGUCCAGGACCUGCUGGCUGACCCCAGUGGGGCCGCUGGCUGUCUCGCUUCCAUUGAGUUCUGUGGGGGAACGCAUCUCCAGAAUUCUAGUCACGCUCAACCAUUUGUGAUUGUGUCAGAGGAGGCUAUUGCCAAAGGCAUCCGGCGCAUUGUAGCAGUGACGGGGCCUGAGGCACAGAAGGCUCUGAGGAAGGCUGAUUCUCUGCGACAGAUCCUCUCUGCUCUUGUUGAAAAGGUUAAAGUCCAGGCUGCUCCCAACAAGGACAUUCAGAAGGAGAUUGUAGACCUGACAGAGGCUAUUGGCACAGCAGUUAUCCCACAGUGGCAGAAGGAUGAGAUGAGAGAGUCACUGAAAGUGUUAAAGAAGACAAUGGAUGACCUGGACAGAGCAAGCAAAGGGGAUGUUCAGAAGAGGGUCUUGGAGAAAACAAAGCAGCUGAUUGACGACAGCCCUAACCAGCCACUGGUUGUCAUGGAGAUGGAGGCUGGAGCUUCUGCAAAGGCCCUGAAUGAGUCUCUGAAGCUGUUGAAGAUGCACUCCCCCAAGACUGCUGCCAUGCUUUUCACUGUGGACAGCGAUGCUGACAAAGUCAUCUGCUUGUGCCAGGUCCCGCAGGAAGUGGCUAACCGGGGCUUGAAGGCAAGUGACUGGGUGCAGCAUGUGUGCCCCCUGCUGGACGGAAAGGGUGGCGGCAAGGACGUGUCGGCGCAGGCCACAGGCAGGAACACACACUGCCUGCAGGAGGCACUGCAGUUGGCCAGCGAGUUUGCCCACCUCAAACUGGGCGGCCUGAACAACUAGCCCUGCAUAGUAAAGAGAAGAGGCUUCCAGAGCCAUCGUUGGGGUCUUGGGUUCAUUUACUAACUUCUGCUUUCCAUUGAGACGUUCCAGACUGGCCAACGAGUCAGAUCAUAGCUAUUCUGACAAAGGGAUUUGAAGCCCAUGUUUUCUCAGUUGGUGUUCUUACUUGAAUUUCUUUUGGUGACUCUGGUUGUAGGGAUGUUGGAACAUGUUAGCUGUACAUUAAUGUCAUUAAUGAAUGAAUUAUACAUAUCCUGUGUAUCUCUGAGGUUCGGUGCCAGUUUUGCCCGUAGUCAACGUGAACUCCUCAUCAGUGAGAGAGUGCAGUGCAUGUAGCAGCUUGUUCCUGUAGGUCAAACUCUCAAGUCUCAUUGGUGAAUAAACACGAAAGCAACGA